AUGGCAACAUCACAAGUAACAACAGCAACAGGUGAUACAAAUAAUAUACCAACAACGCAAACAACAGUUAGUGCACCACCAACAGUCACACCAUCGACGACUAUUGUUCAACUUUUACCAUUAGAACUUGUUGAUAAAUGUAUUGGAUCAAGAAUUCAUGUCAUUAUGAAAUCAGAUAAAGAAAUUGUUGGAACUUUACUUGGAUUUGAUGAUUAUGUUAAUAUGGUACUUGAAGAUGUAACUGAAUUUGAAACAAUGCCAGAUGGUGGUAGUCGUAUAACUAAACUUGAUCAAAUAUUAUUAAAUGGCAAUCAUGUUGCUAUGCUUGUGCCCGGUGGUGAAGGCCCAACAACAUCCGUUGGAGCCGUAUAG